AUGGAUGAUGAGCCUACAGUCAUUCACACAAAUUUGCCGACCUUGGCUCCCGCGAACUGGUUGGACUUCCGGGCCUACAUGUCUGAUCUGGCACGUCAGGGCCGUCAGGACGAGUUGUGGUCCAUCUGGAGUCGGGUUGCUGAGAUUACACACCUACCGGCACCCUCCCCUUCGAUUACAGACUUUGACUUCUUGGGUUUCAAGGUUCCGGUGCGCCGGAUUGUCUGUACCCAGGCUGGGUGUGAUCGAUGCGGGCGAGCCAGAGGUGGUUACCAAUUCCCCUUCCUUGGCCCCUGGUCCAAGAGUGCAGCCAUCGUGGAGGAGCCUGAGUUGGGGCCAGCGGUGGCCUUUGCCGCCUACGAUCGUUGCCACGAAGUUCUUGCAAAGGACAGGAUGUGGGAUGCUAGCUCGGGCUUGGAGCUGCAGGAUAUGCUCACUGCUACAUUUGGGCGGGUGCUCUAUCAGGCCGAGAUCAACGACCUCCACGGCGCAGCCCAUCCCUCUGUGGACGAUGCACGGGCCAAUGAAGUGCACAAAGCCCAUCGGUCUAUGCUGCUUUGGCUACGAUGGGCGGCAGACCCCGCGGGCCGGUCUAUGCCUGCGGUCUGUGUGGACUGCGGGGGCUCAGGGGAUUUCGUGCACCAGAUCUUGCAGUCAGCAAUGUGCCGUGAUUGCUUGCAGGCACGGGUGGCCAUGGCGUCACGGCCCCUGUCCGACAGUGGCUCUGGGAGAGAGAGCGACUGA